CCAGGCAGCAUGUCAAAACACACGGGUAUGCACUCCUCUGUCAGCUACAGCAGAAGAAAACAACCACGCCCCCAAUCAGCAUAAGUACCUCCCCAACACCGGUCUCCUUCGUCUUUGUUUUCUUCUGUCAGCUGUUUGGGGGAGGGGUUUGCACUCACUGAUCCCAGCAGGGAUCCGAUUACCGGGUGCAGUUCUCUGCAGCUUCUCUCCACCCGAAGCCCAUGCCGUUAUCAGCUCAGGCUGUGUGUGCUGGGAACCCUGUGCGGUGGGGGUUUUCCUUGCCGUGGGCAGGUCUAAGCACAGUGUGCUGCUGCUGUCGGGAGGCGACUGCUGAUGACAUCAUAGAGGUGUGCACCUGUAGUUAAGUUGUGCAUGGUGCUGGCAACUUUGCCCUUAGUAGUGUGCUGUUCAACAUGGAGCCAGCUGCCUCUAAACGCGCCGCUUCUAGGACUUCAGGUGAUUCUGUCCCUGUGAAGGAGCCUGUGUGCCUGAAUCUUCCAUAUCCUCCCUUUUUUCUAAGAAGAAAAAGCCAUUUUUUCCUGUGCAUCCUGAAAUUAAAGACAUUAUGAAUCAAGAAUGGGCUAAAGGUCCUAAAAAGACCCCUGUGGAGGCUAAAAUUGCUCAGUUGUAUCCUUUUUCUCUGGAAGAUCUAGAAUUAUGGGAUAAUCUUCCCACUGUUGAUGCCCCGGUGGCACGCUUAUCAAAGAAGACGGCGCUUCCAAUUGACGAUAUUUCAGCCUUAAAACACCCGAUGGACAGACGUAUGGAAACAGAACUGAAAAAGUUAUUCAUGACGGCUGGGGCAGCUUGUAAGCCUUCUGUGUCCAUAGUUUCAGUUUCUAAAGCAAUUUCCAUUUGGGCAGACAACAUUGAACAAGCAGUUCUGGAGGAUUCUCCUAGAGAGAAGAUUGCUCAAGCCCUUUUAGAUCUCAAGAAGGCCGCAGAGUUUUGCCUUGAAGCUGCUAUUGAUCUUUCUAGAUUAUCGGCUCGUAAUCUUAUGUAUUCGGUUGCUGCCCGCAGAGCAUUAUGGCUUCGCUCAUGGUAUGCGGAUACCGCCUCCAAAAAUACGCUGUGUAAAUUGCCCUAUGAGGGUAAACGAUUGUUUGGUAAAAGCCUAGAUGAUUUCAUUGCAAAAUCCUCAGGAGGAAAGAGCACCUUUUUACCGCAGACCAAACGAUUCUUUGACCCGAAGAAACAAAAUGACAGAUAUUCCUCAAAGCGGAGGGAAGAUUCCAGAUAUUACAGACCUGGCAGAGAGUUUAAGGCACCUUGGCGUUCUGGUCAGUCUUCUUUUUUUCGGGGCAACAAGUCUAAGGGUCCAAGGUCCCCAAAAAAUCAGCCCAAGGCCCAAUGAGAUGAGGCCGGCCCAGACAGCCCGGGUAGGUGCAAGGCUACUAAAAUUUCAUCAAGUCUGGGCCAGAGAGAUAGAGGACGAGUGGGUGCUGUCAGUAGUGUCGAGAGGCUAUCGGCUAGAGUUUUUGGAAAGACCCAGAGGAAAUCAUUUUAUCCAAAGUCAAGAGAUUCAGAUUUUUUCGUUCUUCAGGAGUACAUUCUCAGCUUUUAGCCAAGGGGGCUGUCACUCUAGUUCCGCAACAUCAAAGAAGGCAGGGCUUUUAUUCCCCUCUUUUCCUUGUAGAGAAAGCAUCCGGAGAUCUACGUCCAAUCUUAGAUUUAAGGAGACUCAACAAGUUUAUCAAGCCCCAGAGGUUCAAGAUGGAGUCCCUCAGUACAAUAAAAGCGGUAGUGCAUACAGGGGAUUGGCUGGCAUCCCUAGAUUUAAAGGAUGCGUACCUUCAUGUUCCGGUGGCAGAGGAACAUCAUCGGUACCUCAGAUUUGCCUGGCAAGAGCAGCAUCUUCAAUUUCAGUGCCUUCCUUUUGGGCUAGCCACGUCACCAAGGACAUUUACCAAGGUUCUAGUCGUCCUGGUAGCAAAGAUGAGGAGGGAAGGUGUGGAAGUCUACCACUAUUUAGACGACCUUCUCAUUGUGGCGAGAGAAAGAUCUACCCUCCUGCAUCAUGUAGCCUUGGUCAGGAAUACACUGACCCACUUCGGGUGGUUAGUGAACGAAGCCAAGAGUCAACCGGAGCCCUCUCAGACAAUUAUUUAUCUGGGGGCACUUUUCAACACCAGGAUAGGUAUGGUGUCCUUGCCUCAACAGAAGAUCCUGAUGCUAUCGAGGAGAGCAGAGCAGUUGAUGUUUACUUCAGUCCUGUCGGCCAGAGAAUACAUGGCUUUUUUGGGUCUCCUAACAUCCACCUUGGGUCUUGUGAAAUGGGCAAGGUGGAGAAUGAGACCGUUUCAAAGUUUUUUCCUCUCUCACUGGAAUCGUUAUCUUCAGGAUUGGUCUCAGAUGAUUCCCCUGUCUUGGAAGGUGAAGAGACAUCUCUUAUGGUGGCAGAGUCCCAGCAACCUUCGCAGAGGGUAUCCCCUGGCCGAGCCCGAAUGGGUGGAAGUCUUCACAGAUGCCUCGGGUCAGGGUUGGGGAGCGCAUGUAUAAGAGAUGGCGAUUCAGGGUCAGUGGAGGUCGGACUUGUCUCAUCUCCCAUCCAACGUCUUGGAGUUGAGAGCAAUUCGGGAAGCCUUGGAAGUCCUCAGACCAGUCCUAUCAGGGACUUCGGUGAAAAUAAGAUCGGACAAUAUGUCAGCAGUGUCCUACAUAAGAAAGCAAGGGGGAACAGGCAGCAGCAGAUUGAUGAGGGAAGUCAGUCCUAUCAUGAAUUGGGCUCAGAGCAAUUUGUUGGAGAUAACAGCAGUUCAUAUUCCGGGGGACAAGAAUUAUCAGGCGGAUGCCUUAAGCAGAACCUUGUUCCAGAGAGGAGAAUGGGAGCUCAAAACAAGCAUCUUCCAAUGGAUAACCUCUCUGUGGGGCCUUCCCCAUAUAGACCUCAUGGCUUCGGAGAAGAACUACAAGAUCAAACAUUUUUUCUCCAGAGUCCCAUCAGCUCGAGCAGUGGGAAUCGAUGCCUUUUCCCAGAACUGGCGGAACCUCUGGGCUUACAUCUUCCCUCCAUUCCCGAUCAUCUUCAAAGUUCUGAGGAAGAUUCUUGUCUCUCACAUGGACAUGAUAGCCAUAAUUCCAGAUUGGCCACGCAGGCCAUGGUAUCCCCUCCUCAGACGAUUAUGCAUUUGUCAACCCCUGAGAUUGCCUUUGAUGGAGGAUCUCUUAAUGCAGGGCCCGUUUCUUCAUCCGAAUCUCAGCAGUCUCAAUCUUGCGGCAUGGAGGUUGAGAAGUCCAGACUUAGGCGACGGGGAUGCUCUGACCAAGUGAUUAAUACUCUGUUGAAGGCCAGGAGGCCUGGAACGUCUAAUACUUACCAUAGAAUAUGGCAGCGGUUCGUUUCCUGGGCCAGAGAGAAGAAUCUUGAUCCUUUGCAACCUUCUACACCCAUGAUUCUGGAGUUUCUGCAAGCAGGCUUAGAUUACGGGCUAAGUUUAAGUUCCUUAAAAGUACAGAUCUCUGCCUUGUCUGCAGUGUUAGGAGAAAGGUGGGCUGAAGACCCCUUGAUAGAGCAAUUUUUCAAAGCCGUUUUGAGAGUGAAACCUCCUGUAAAGAAAUCCUCUCCACCUUGGGAUUUGCCGUUGGUCCUUCAGGCUCUUUCAGCUGCUCCUUUUGAACCCAUUGAUCAGAUUCCUCUCUGGUGGUUAUCCCUCAAGACGGUGUUCUUGGUGGCCGUGACUUCAGCAAGAAGAGUUGGGGAGCUGCAAGCUCUGUCUGUAGAUCAACCCUAUACCAUUUUUCAUGAAGAAAAAGUUGUGUUAAGAACUGUUCCGUCCUUCUUGCCUAAAGUCCUCUCAAGAUUCCAUGUUAAUGAACCUAUUAUUUUACCAACCUUGCCUGUUGAGAAUGGGCAGAGUUCCUUGGAUGUUAGGAGAUGUCUUCAGGUCUACAUCGACAGGACAAAGUCCUUAGAAAGUCUCAGAGACUCUUCGUGGUACCGGCAGGGUCAAGAAAAGGAGAAGCGGCAGCAAAGUCUACUUUGAGCAGUUGGAUUGUUAAAACCAUCCUUCAAGCCUACAAGGAACAGGUCAUCUCCUAGAGCGGUGCGAGCUCACUCAACCAGAUGUAUUGCAGCCUCUUGGGCAGUGGAGGCAGGAGUUUCGGUAGAAUCCAUUUGCAGAGCAGCUACUUGGGCUUCCACUAAUACCUUUAUUAAGCACUAUAAGCUAGAUGUAUUGUCUGCAGCAGAUGCUCAGUUUGGGCAGUCUGUUUUGUCUGUGUCUCAAAAAUAAAUGUCUUGCAAUCAUCC